AUGCUGCGGAACCACGAGGAGUAUGGAUUCUUCUACUCCAACGCGACAGGUAGAGCAGCGAUGGCCCUCCUGUUCGCCGAUGAUACUACUCUCAUCUCCACAUCUCUGGACGACCCGGAACGACAGGUCGAUGACUUCUGCACUGUCUCUCGCGCUCGUCUCAACAGAAGCAAAUGUAAGGCCCUGCCCCUGAACUCAAAGAUGAUGGCCCAUCCGGAUUGCGUGUUCCACACAUCCCUUCUGCGGUACAAUACCAACAUGUGCUUCGACUACAGCUUCUCGUGGCUCCGCUCCCUACCUGUCGAUGACGCUGAUCGCGCAGACCUCCAAGCCAUCCUAGUAGGGCUCCAGCAGGCUCCUGGGCACUCCUGGUUUUUCCUCAAGCAUAUUCAGAGCACAGCAGCCAAGUUUCAACGCUUCAACUGCUUGCACUACAACGACGUGGCGAGCUUCAUUGCCUCGUUGUUGUCGAGCUUGCCCCUCUUUUCGUCGUGGGCACGCAUCAUGGUCGUCAACUUUUCACUGAGCGCUUACAUUUCCAUGGCCAUGUGGGCAUGCAUCAUGGUCGUCAACUUUUUCACUGAGCGCUUGCAUUUCCAUGACCAUGUACGGGUGCAGGGCGCCCCCAAAGUCGGCGUCGCCCCCUUGGUGUCGGAGGGCAUCGCCAGGUUGGCGGCGGCCCCCGCGCCUUACUUGACCGCUACCCAUUGCCGCUUGAUGUAA